AUGGAUAGAAUGGGCUGGAGUGACAUGCUCCCCACAAUGAGGGACCCCACAACCAUGUCCACAGGUGUGCCUGUCUGGAACAGGCUCAAGCAAUGUGUUCUCCAUGAUGAGGGACCCCGCAACAGUAUCCACAGGUGUGCAUGGUUGGAACAGGCUGGAGCGACAUGUUCCCUGCAACAAGGGACCCUGCGACCAUGUCCACAGGUAUGCCUUCCUGGAAUGGGCUCGAGCUUUGUGUUCCCCAUGACAAGGGACCUCGCCAUGGCAUUCACAGGUGUGCCUGUCUGGAACAGGCUGGAGCUGUGUGUUCCCCGCAAUGAGGGACACUGCAACGGCAUCCACAGGUGUGCCUUUCCAAAACAGGCUAUAACAGCAUGUCUGCAGCAUCAAGGGACCCUGCGACGGUGUCCACAGUUUUGCCUGUCUGGAAUGGGGUGGAUCAGCAUGUUCCCCAUGAUGAGGGACCCCGUGAUGGCGCUCACAGGUGUGCCUGUCUGGAAUGGGCUAGAUUGGCAUGUUCCCUGUGAUGAGGGACCCCGUGAUGGCAUCCACAGGUGUGCCUGUCUGGAAGGGGUGGAUCAGCAUGUUUCCCAUGCUGAGGGACCCUGCAAUGGCAUCCACAGGUGUGCCUGUCUGUAACAGGCUGGAGCAGCAUGUUCCCCACAACUAGGGUCUCCGCUACUUGGUCUACAGGUGUACCUGUCUGGAACAGGAUGGUACAGUCUGUUCCCUGUGAUGAGGGACCCUGCGAUGAGGGACCCCAUGAAUGUGUCCACCCUGAUCCCUGACCCAACACUACAGUCUCUAUCAUCAAUGUCCAGUGAGGUGUUGUGGUGCAUACUUGUAAUCCUAGGAGUCUGGAUGGUUAGAUAGGAGGAUCUUCAGGAGUUUGAGGCCACAUAGCAAGUUCAAGGCCAACCUGGACUGCAUACCAAGUCCCUAUCUCAAACUCAGAACCAGUACCACCAGAAAAAAACCUCAGAACUUCCAAUUUCAAUUUUGUUGCAGUUAGUCAAGUUCAAAUUACAAAAAAAGUUCAUAGUUCACAUUGAGGUUCACGCUCCUGUUGUAUACUUCACCAGCAUAAAAAAAAUAUAAAAUGACAUAUUCCAACAUUCUGGCAUGACAUGAUGUUGUUUCACUGCCCUAAAUAUGCUCUAUAUCCAUUGAUUUCUGUGUCUUUUUUCGCAUUUCCAGUAAGAUAUUCAUGUUUCACUGUUCCUAUAGUACUUUUCUUUUCCAGAAUGACAAAAUACUGGAAUUUAUAGUAUAGGAGAUUUUCAAAUGCUAAUCUCAAAAUACACUGUAUUAUGAAAUAGAAUAAGAAAAAUAUCCUCUGUUAUUAUCCUCAAUAUCCUGGGUUAGUAAAGGUGUUGGAUUAGGGGCUUUCAUAGAUUUGAUUGUGACUUGGAGGUUAUGAAAGGAUACAGACUUGCUUGGACUGAAUGCUAUGAGUCUACACUAAUCUUAAAAUGUGGUGAGGAAUUUCAAAAUUCUGAUGGCCUUACUAUUGUCUGUUUUUGCAGACACUUAAACUGUCACUGUUCUUCUUUUAUAUUGCUGAAAGCUACUUGUUUCAUUGAACCUUCUUGGUGUCUUUCUCUGCUCCUUGGGGAAUUCCCCAGGUUGGUAGUCUUGCUCUCAAUGAUCUGGUUCCUAAGCAUUGAGAAGAAGAGGUGAUUUCAUUUCAUGCUGAUAAAUGUCUCCCAUCUUUAUUUUCACAUCUUCCUAUGUGGCUCCAGGACUGUAGUACUUGAACACUUCCCAUAAUCACAGCUCAGUGUGAGCAAGAGUUAAAUGUUGUGGAAGGAAAUAGGACAUGGCUUGGUUAAUACAGGGCCUUAGCAUGAUAUUUUGUUUUCCAACCAUGAUGGCAGCAGCACCAGAUAUGUUAGCCACAUAGGGACACAGUCAUCAAGCUCUGCACUAUUUUUUUCCCAUAAAAACCUGGGUUUCAGCCACAGGAGCAUUCAUCUGUCUCUUUUUUAAAAAAUUAAGCUUAUUGGUACAU